UCCACAGCUUUCUCUCUGACCACCAGGUGACUGCUCGAGCCAGCACGCCAAGUGGCAUCCAACAGCUGACCCAAUUGACUUCCUAGGACACAGGCAAAGAUGGCCGCGAUGCGCGAGCGCAUGACAGAGUACAUCGAGAGCCUCCAGCGCGAGAUCGUCGCCGCGCUGGAGGCCGCCGACCCCACCGCGCCCCCGUUCAACCGGCGCGCCUGGGAUCGCGCGCAGGGCGGACGUGGCGUUUCGUGCACCUUCACCGCACCGGACCACCCCUCGAGCGUGCUCGAGAAGGCGGGCGUGAACAUUUCCAUGAUCCAUGGCCAGCUUCCGCCGGCUGCGAUCAAGCAGAUGGCGACGGAGCACGCAUCGCUGGCAGACAGGGCAGACAGCGGCACCGGCAGCCUGCCCUUCUUCGCGGGCGGCAUCAGCCUCGUCAUACACCCGCGCAACCCGAGCGUGCCGACCGUGCAUGCGAACUAUCGCUACUUUGAAAUCACCGAGGCCAACAGCGGGGAGCCUGAGGGCAGUCCGCCCAAGAUCGUCGCCUGGUGGUUCGGCGGAAUCACGGAUCUCACGCCCUACUACCUGUUCGAGGAGGACGUUAUGCACUUCCACCGCGCGCUCAAGGAGGCCUGCGAUGCACACGGGCCGCAGCUCUACCCCGCCUUCAAGAAAUCGUGCGACGACUACUUCUUCAUUAAACACCGCGGUGAACACAGAGGCGUCGGUGGCAUACGCUUCGACGACCUCUGCGACGAGCCGCACUCGCUUCUCGCCGACGACUCGACGCCGCGGCCGCGCAAGGCAGACGAGAUAUUCGCGUUCGUGAAAGCGUGCGGCAACGCUUUCCUUCCGUCAUACCUGUCCAUCUUCGAGCGCCGGAGGGGCUCCCCGGUCGACGAGCACAGGCGCAGGUGGCAGCUCAUACGCCGCGGCAGAUACGUCGAGUUCAACCUCGUGUAUGACCGUGGCACGAAGUUCGGGCUGGCGACGCCGGGAGUGCAGGCCGAGAACGUGUUGAUGAGUCUCCCAGAGACAGCGCGAUGGGAGUACAUGUCGGACGUGGGGACCGAAGAGGGCAGCGAGGAGGCAAAGAUGCUCGAGGUACUCAGAAAUCCUCGAGACUGGGUAUGACUAUACGAUGGAUACUACUGCUAUCUAAACCACGACUGAUGCACGGAACCAAGCUAUAUCUUCGGAACUGAGACUAGAAGGCUGUGAGGGUAUGAGCUACGACGCAGGCAAAUGAUGUAGUCUAUGCCCGAGAGGGUCCAGAGGUUUCCAGAAUCGUGCGAAUUGGAUGCAGAGGGCCGAGUGGAAUGAAACUGCAGGGGACAAAUGAUUGGCGGGGCAACGUGGAGGUUGAAAAUGAGGAAAAGGGGAGAUCAUGAAUGAAGGAGCGGUUGGGGUGUGCGAUAUGACUUGAACAGAAAACGGAGGAAACAGGUGGGAGGGACGGUGAUAUGGGGAAAUUGGUGACAAGGUACCAUGACAGAUAGGAUGUGACAGCUUAGUGUGCGCAAGACUCGUUACGGUGGGUGUCUUGCUUACACUAACUGGAGUAGUUAAGGGGAUCGAAGCGGUUUGGGGUAUUUGACAAGGUCUGGGGGCUGUCAAGGGGACGAGACGCAGGAUACGGCAGGAAGUUGGGGUAUCACACCAUUAUGGCGCGUUGGUUCGACUGCCUGGCAGCAGGAUUACCACCGAUUAACACAGUCAUCCAUCCAAACAUCGUCAUCAAAAAUCGGACGAGCCAAGCCGGGUCGGAUCCAAGUCCCAAACCCGGUCGCAGCUGCAUCGCAAACGCGAUAUCAAGUUCGGGCACAGGCGCACGAUACGCACGACGGGGCGCAGGAUGCUCAACGACAGCAUUCUCCUCUUCAGGCACAAACGCACCAGGAAUGGGCAGCGGGCGUGAGACGGGGUCGGGAGACACGGCGCGCAUCAUGGGAGACGACAACGGUGAAGUAGAAAGUCCGAGUGCGGGAGCGUCGGUGGCACGGAGGGACCAGGCGGGCUUGAUGAGUGGGCUUGAGGGACGAGAUUCGCGCAUGGAAAGCUGGCUCGGCAGGCGGCGGAGAGCGGGACGAGGGGGUGUGUGCGGCGGCGUCGAGUACGGCGUGGUCUGUCCAAUGAUGGGAAGCGGUAGGAGAUCCGGGUCGGCGUAAUCGACAGAGAGACGGGGAAGGCUCGGGUUAGAGUGCAUGUGGGGCGAGGCGAAGGCGUCGUGGAAUUUCUCGCCCAGCUCUUCGGACUCCUCGUCGGACGAAUACUCGCGUUGGUUGUAGAAAGCCUCACUAACCAGACUGGGUUUCUCGUUGAUGGCACCGUCCUCCGAGGUCAGACCUGGUGCCGAAGGUUCAACAUCGAGGAACAAUAAUCCGAGCUUCUCCCCGCCAGAACUCUGCGAGUCGUUUCCCGGAGCAACUGAGGAUUCGUCCUUCUGUUCACGAGAUAAGUGUUCAAGAGGAUCAUCCGAAGAACCGCAGAACAGGUACUUGAGGUAUAGGACACCGACGAGACAGCCCAGGGCAAGGGACGCAGCCAGGCAUGAUAUCGUCAAGGUAAUGAGAGGACCGGAUCCAAAGUCAUAGAGAGAACUGGCAAGUGUGUCGUAGGGACUCUUUGACUCUGUCACCUCCUGCACCAUCGAGUCUGUUAUGGCAGGUGAAGCUUCUGAGAUCGCGUCUGGACCAGAACCCGGAGACGUUAACUCGUCCCCGUCCAGGUCAUUGAGGCUUGCGGUAGCAGACGAGGAAGAGCUGGAUCCAGCGAGUAAUUCGUAGAGUUUCUUUUCGUCGUGGGUCAGGGUACCAUCCGGACUUAGAGGCACGAUGGCUUUGAUUGCUUCGAUGUCGUCCAGUCCGGAGAGCACGGCAUCUUGUUCUUCCGCAGAUGUAAUGUGUACUUUGAUGUUGUCACCUUCACAGCCGAGGCACUCCACAGGUUGUCUGGAGAUGUUAUAAGGGAGACGGAGGUCGUCGUUAUAAAAUUAAUUGACUUACCCAAUACGGGAUUGGAAGACUGAUUGCAGAGCGUUACGAACAUCUGGGGAAGUCCCUUCGCUAUCAGAUCGUGAGCUUCGUGUGGAAUGAAUU